CACUUCUACUUCAAACCCCCCUUUUCUAACCCUUUCUGUUUGACCAAAGAGGGUUGUUGGAUGUGGGGAAAGACUGUUACUCAGAAUUGAAAGUUUCCAUUUGGUAAGGGAGAGAUCAGAUCUUGGUGCGUGAGAGUUUAGUAAAUUCAUAAAGAUUUUAAAUUAGGCCUUUUUUUUAAGGGUUGCAAAGUAAAGGCUGGCUGUUUGGCGGUCUUUGUUGCUCAGUUUAUGAGUAGAACUAAAAUGAGAUCAAUCUCUGGGCUGGGGGAAGAUCAGAAGCAAACCUGAACCCUCGCCCCGUUGGGCUCCCUGGAGGCAACCUGGAUGGCUAACUAACCCGGAAUACAAGGGGAAUCAUCCUUGUAGUAGAGUUUAUGCUUUUUUCUAAGGAGGCCAGACUUGGGAUCUGGUUCUUGCAAAUUUGGGGUGUGGUUCUUGCAAAAUUGGUGGAUUAUUUGGGUGAGGUCUGCCCACCUUUUUUCCUCCCAGAGGAAAAGACACUUUUGAGUUUGGCUUUGCAGGCUCUUUAGGCCUUAACAUGUGAAAGUUAGCCAGUUGGGCACGGACCAUGCCUAGCGCCGAGAAAGGAGUGUCCUCGUGUGCAAUCAUCCAGUACCUCACAAGUAUUGGAAUUCAUGUCCGACAUUGGAAGACCAAUCCUAGCCAGGAGAACAGCCUUGUGCCGCUGCCUGUAUCUGGUGGUCUCUUUGGCGUUCCGCUGCACUUGCUACCCAUUUCGGAGCAUGUAGAGGGGGUGCCACAGUUCCUUGUGGAUGCCUGCGAACUGCUCCGGCCUCACCUUCACGUUGAAGGGCUCUUCCGGAAAUGCGGCUCAAUGACCCGUAUCAAAGCCUUAAAGCCCAUUCCUCCUGUUGCGUCCUUCCAGACCCGGCUGGAGGCUGGUGAACGCUGUCUGGUGAUGGCUCUACCGUGUGACGUGGCAACCCUGGUGAAGCAAUUCCUGAGGGACUUGCCUGAGCCUCUGAUUCCAGCUGGGCUCCAGGGGCCCCUGUGCCGGGUCCAGCAAGGAGGAGGAGGCGGCGGCGAAGAUGAUGACGGCCAGGCCCAGCUGACACUCCUGCUCACCUGCCUGCUCCCUCAAAGGAGCACUGAUCUCCUUCGUUACUUCUUCAGCUUUCUGUGGGACGUGGCAGCCAGGAGUGCUCAGAACAAAAUGGACUUGGCCAACCUGGCUGUCAUCUUCGCACCCAACCUCUUUCCUGAUGAGGUUUGCAGCCAGCUGAGUGGCAGGGCAGAGGUGCAGCUGCGGAGACAGGCAGCUGUGGUCCAGGCUUUGAUCAGCCACGCGUCACAGAUUGGCACAGUUCCUGAGCUUCUCUGGGAGAAAGUGCAAGCUGCCUUUUCAGAUGUGGAAAGCGAGAGGCGGUCGCCACCAGGGCCAGAAGGAGCUAGAGAAAAGGCUUUGGAAGGGAGGCGAAGAAGACGGCGGUGCAGCGUGGGCAACAUUGUCAUGGAGGCCCUGAGCAAAUUCAGGACAGGCCGAGCCCUUUCCGCUGUCCCUUCCCAGGAGGUCCGUGAGGACUCCACAAGUACCACAACUCUGAAAGCUUCUUUCAACUCUAAACGGAAGGCCUCCAAUGAUGUUGCCUGGGCUGCUGAAGUUUCAGCCAAGAAGAGGAGGUCGUCCUUGGAUUCAGCCAACACAGAUCCCUUGGAGGAUGCUGGGCACCCAUUUGAUCAAUCAGUGGAUAUGGGUUCCUUGCAAGCUCCUGCAAGUCCUGCUCCAGUUUUUCUUGCCGAAACCUCCAAUCGAUUCUUGGAUACCAGACCCCCCCUUGGCAGCCCGCGAACCCCGGUUGCAAAAGUUCAGAGGAAACGCACCAGCUGCCGGAAACAUCCUCAGAGGAAACAUUCGGUUUGCACUUCCCCCUGCUGCUCUCCGGUGCCUUUUGAGCGGAAGGAAAUGGGGCGCAAAUCUUUGCGCAUCUUCUCCCGCAACAGCAAAGACUUGCAACCCCUUCCUGCCUCUGCCAAAGCAGCAGAGCCAAAUGGCUGGCCUCUGAUGAAGAAGGUGGUGACAGACGCCCUGGAAGGACCCACUUCUUCCCAACAGAGAUGGGCCCGGCUGCAGACAUACAAGCUCAAAGGAAGUGAGACAGGAUCUCCAAGCCAGUCAUCCAAAGAAAAUGCUUGCAGUCCUAGCUGUGCAAACCCAGAGGCCUCACUUGUAGUUGUGAAAUGUAAAGAUGGGCCUCAGCCAAGCUCCUCUUUGGAUGGCGUCACUCCUGGGCACCAAGAGCUGGAUUUGGGUGCCUUGUCUGGAAGCAGAGAGCCACUGGGUGAGAAUGAAGCCUUGGCAAGGGAGAGCAGGCAGCCAGCUCCUCUGCCCAGACACGACAGAACUCUUCGCCGUUCGGUGAGUUGGCCUGAGGAACUGUCAGGGAGGGAUGUCAUAGAAGAAAAGGAAAUUGAUUCCUCUCCAGACGAGGCUGCUGUCAGUCUCGGGGAAUGUCAGGCCCAGGUGUUUGGCCUAGCUGAGCCACCGCAGCCUGGUGUGGAAGUAAUAGUGGCAGGCAUGAGGCAACUGGGCAUCUCUGCGGUUUGUGUCACCCAGGCAGACAGCCGUGCAGCUGGCUGCCCAGAGGACGGGCCUAGGGGCACAUCCAAAUGCCCACUUUCCUCCAAGCCAGACCUGUCUGACUCCUGCGUUGCUCCUGCCAGCCACCUCUGCCACCUUGACGAGGCUCCCAGAGCUGGCCUGAAGUGCCUGACCCUCCACUUUCAGCGCUCCUCACCCCAGCCCAACAAAGGGACAGAGGUUGCAAAGCUCAGCCUCCCCAAGCGCAAGGGGGGGCGCCGAUUUGGUCGGUCCGUGAGCCACGAAAGUGGGCUGCCCCUGCAGGGCGGACAGGAGACAGUCGCUGGGCAGGCUGGGCAAGUGGCAACGAGGGGGGUGCUCGCCAAGAGCCCCUUGCAGUCCUUCAAGGCCUACGGGCGGCAAAUCUUCAUAACCCGCAAGCAUAUCAUGAUGUCCUUUGCUGGGCUGCGUGUGAAGAGGGAGCUGCCAAGCCAUCAGAACUCUGGCCUGCUAAGUGCGGAUUCCCCCAAUCCCCACCAGAGCACCUGCUAGAGGGACAGCCGCGUUGGGCUCCCUCCCUCCUUCCCUCCUUCCCAAACCCCCUUUGUGGGGAAAUGCAGCUUAUGGCCAACCCAAAUCCCCUGGACUUGUGGCAAAAUCUGGCUGUGGCUGGAGCCCAGUGACGGCAAGCCUUUCAGCCUGGUGAGUUUGAUGCUGUCCUGUCUGUGACUACUAUUAACAGGUGAAUCAAUCAGCUUGGACUCCAGUUGUCAGACGAUGAAGUUGGAUAUCUCAUUGUAGCUUUGGGCACAGAUGUGUGUGUUUGCAGGACUGAUGAAAGUGCUAGACUCCUGUAAACAAUUCCUGGUGGUUAAAGCCAUGGGCUUUAAUCCAUGACACUUUGCUUUUUACUCAGGGUUGGAGCACCUGUGGCCCUCCAGAUGUCAUUGCACUACAACUCCCACCAUCCUUGACCAUUGGCCAUGAUGAGAGUUGUAGUCUAACAACAUCUAGAGGGCCACAGAUGCUCCCUGUCCCUGCCAUUAACAAGACCCCUAAUGUUAACACCAGCCCUGCUGUUGCUCAUAUUCUGAUGUCCCAUACUCAUUCUUCCCCCGCUUCCUGUGUUUUUAUCGCCUUUUCACCAGCUAAUUAUGUACAAACUUUUGUAUAAAACCUCUUGAUUGUGAGUGUUUAAAAAGUAUAUAUUUAGCAACCUCUCUCACCCCCAUCACCCCCUGGCUCUCCCCCCCCCUAAAAAAACCACCCACUACUAGCAGCCCUGAAAGAGCAGCUCUGACUGUAUUUUAUACCCAUGAUGUUAUUUCCCCACUGCCUAUGGGGAUAUGCAUAUUCGGAGAACAAAUUCUGGUGCAGCAAGAUCUUCAAAAUCACCACUGGCUUUAAAUGUCACCAUUUAAAAUCAAAACUGCUUCUCUCUUGUCGCUCAUAGCAAAGGUGAAUGGGAGAAUGGGGUAAGGUCCAUUUCAGUCGUCCCCCUCGGGCCUUCCCCAAAUUAUUGGUAACUGGAAAAGGGGUAAGACUAAAAAGAAAAUUCCUCAUUCACAUUCUAUCUUAAUAGAGAUAAUUCUGCUUGGUCUCGGUGUGUUUGUGUACGUAGUUUCUUCAGUCUCCCUCCAGGGGGCAGUCAAGUGCUUCCCUGGUUUCCAAAUAUACUCUGUAUGUUUUUUAAAAAAAUGUUUUCUGAUGAGUAUGUUUGUAAAACCUUGUAUGCCUUUUUCUAAUCCUUACACUAAAUAAUUAAAAGCAAGAAAUACCACGUG